UUGUUCGUUCCACUGAUAUUUUCGUACGUUUUUCUAUUGACAGAAUUGACUCCCACUUUCUGGACAACAUCCUCGAUGACGUAUACCACAUUACGUCAGAUGGUAUGGUUUCAGUUACCCUGAACGGCAUCAUAUCUAUUGCCUGUCAUAUGGAUCCUAAAAACUUUCCUUUCGACUGUCAAAAAUGUUCUGUGGUAAUUGAUUACGGAGGACGUUCAAAGGAUUACGUUAAAUUUAAAGACUCUGGUUACUCCAAUUACCCAACCGUGUAUCACGAAAGUAAAACAUGGAGUUUGUUAUCCACAACUUUGGAAAUUCCGAACAAUUAUGACGGUACCAUUUUCUUUUUUGAUAUUGUGCUGAAGCGAAAACCUUACUAUUAUGUGAUUAUGAUAGUGUUUCCUUCGGUCCUUUUGUCCUUUGUAACUUUAGCAGUUUAUUUCAUACCAUCAGAAGAAGGGGAAAGAAUUGGAUGUGGCAUGACGAUUCUUCUUUCUUUUACUGUAUUUCUGUCACAAGUCGCCGAACAUCUGCCGGAGAAUUCGGAUACUCUGCCAGCAAUAGGAUUGUAUUUUUUGCUGGUAAUGACAAGCUCCACUUUGGUCAUCGUUGACUCUGUAAUUAUGGCUAACCGCACAUCGUCUUCUCCCUUAAGCAAAGAAAACGACGAAACGGAAACAAUCGAAAAACCAGACGGCAGUGAUUUCGUUGGUGUAAAAACGAAAACUUGCAGACGGAAUCGGAGUGCAGUGUAUCAUCAUAUUCUAGGAAUAAUAUGCUUUACGAUGAUCGCAUCAGCUCAUAUUGUACUUUUUGCAAAAAGUAUUUCGACAAGUUGUGAUAAUGUUGGUUUGUAAUAGCCAGUGUAAGACAAUCCGUUGUAUCAAAACGGAAAGGAGGAAUUAACAGUAGCAAGGUGGACUAC